GAAGAGGUCUGGGAAAACACUAAACCAACCUGCGUAGGAUUUGUGGUCCGUGAGUCCAGCUGUGUCUAUACCAUCAUGAAGUGGGCUUGCUUCAUCUUCCUUCUUGGGUGCUUGUUUGUGGCUGAAGAAGUUGUACCGGCUGCCGCCACCAAAAAAUUUCAUGAUGUGAUGACUCGAGGAAGAGCUUAUUCCCAUAUCACAUUCCAUAGGAAGCUCAGUGGCUGGUCUUCUGAUCACAAUAAUUGGAAUGAAAAGCUUUACCCUUACUGGGAAGAUGGAGAUGCCAGAUGGCAGAGCUGCUGGAAAGGCGGAAGGGUGCUGGUAAGUUUGACCAGUGACAGCCCAGCUCUGGUGGGAUCCAAUGUGACUUUCAGUGUGAAACUGAAGUUUCCCAGAUGCCAAAAGGAAGACAAUGACAGCAACAUAAUAUAUGAUAGAAACUGCAGAAACGGUUCUUUAGAUUAUUCAAAUCUUUCUGACCAGUAUGUAUACAACUGGACUCAAUGGAUUGAUGAUUGUGGCAGGCAAAAUUGCACACACAACAACAGCCACAAUGUGUUUCCUGACGGAAGACCUUUCCCACACCAUCAUGACUGGAGGAGAAGAAACUUUGUGUAUAUGUUUCAUACACUUGGGCAGUACUAUCAAAAGACAGGAGGCUCUUCAGCCAUUGUUUCCAUUAACACAACAAAUAUCACUCUUGGCAGUCAUAUUAUGGAAGUGUCGAUUUACAGAAGAGGUUAUCGAUCGUAUGUACCAGUAACAACUGCAAGUGUUGUUUAUGUGGUAACAGAUACAAUCCCCUUAUAUGUGUACCUGUCUCAGAAGAAUGAUCGCAAUGCUUCAGACCAUAUCUUCAUCAAGGACGUUCCUAUUAUAUUUUAUGUCCACCUUCAUGAUCCCAGCCACUACCUGAACCGCUCUAUUAUUUUCUACCACUGGAAUUUUGGGGACGGCAGUGGUUCUUUUGUUUUCAACAAUUCUGUUUCAAUGCAUACGUAUACACUUGUGGGAAAUUUCAGCCUUAACUUGACUGUUGAAGCUAUUCUACCUGCCCCUUGUGGCCCUGUGACACCUCCUCCACCAUUCCCUACUUUCCCAGUGCCGCCUAAUGUGACAACUCCUCACCCUGAUAGUUUACCAGACCUGCCAACAGGAGAGGCCCCAGGUGAAGGAUGCCAUAUUACGAGAUAUGGACACUACCAAUCAUCUCUCUCCAUUGCAGAGGGGAUCAUUGGAGUAAAUAUUAUCCAAAUGACGAGUAUCCAGGCAGCAGCUGCUCAGGUUGAGAACUCUGUGGUUGAUUUUGUGGUAACCUGUCAAGGGAGUCUUCCUACAGAUGCCUGCACAACAAUUGCUGAUCCCACGUGUCAGGUCUUACAGAAUGAGGCAUGUGACCCUGUUGACAUCACUGACCAGUGUUUACUGACCAUAAGAAGAGCCUUCAAUGAAUCUGGAACCUACUGUGUGAACAUCACUCUGGGAGAUGCGACUAGCCUGGCUCUCACAAGUACUCUAAUAUCCAUCAGUGGAGCUGCAGGAUCAUUUUCAAGAACAGCAGAAGGAGUUCUCAUCUCUUGUGGUUUCUUGGUGGUGUUUGCUGCUGUCUUGACUUUCUUCCUCUACAAGAGAUACAAAGAAUACAAGCCUAUUGACCGGAACACAGAACAAACAGCAAAUAGUGAGGGGUUGAAUGUUUACUUCAACCGUUUUAAGGCUGUUCUCUUCCCAGCAAACAAUGAGAAGGAUCCACUCUUGAAAAACAAGUUUGGAAUUAUCUAAUUCUUUAGCAUAAAUUCUGCCUUUUCCAUCUAUUUGGGGCUUUAUGCUGAAUUGUAAUUCAGUGGAAGAAUGAUAUGUUGGCAACAUGUGCAGGAACAAUAGCAGUGACUGUUGUAUGACUCAUUUAGAAGUAUAAAAUGGCAUCUCUUUGAGAAAUAGAAUAUUUUAAUUUGCUUAUGUUGUUAGUUAUGCUACAGUAUAUUAGUUAAGUUUAGAUGGAUUACUCAGAAAUACCAGAAAAUAUGCUUUGGAGAGAAGAUUUUUUCCUCUGAAUAAUUUAAACUAAAUUCCUAGGGAGUGAGUCCUAUUGAACCAGGGGAGAAUUACAUCUGAAUUUCCCAAAUGCCAUGGUGUGGUGCACACAUCAUUCAGUUUAGCAGCUUUAAAAACUAUGAAUAAUAUCCAUAAAAAUGACCACUACUUAGCUACUCUGUAUAUAAUCUGGGCAGAUAUCCUCAAAUAGAUAGACAAGACCAAUUUGUUCUUGGCUAGUUGAACAGGCUAUUAUGAGCUGCUGUCUGUUCCCUCCAUUCUCUGGACUGCUGGAGAACUAGGGUUGCCAGCUUCCAGGUAGUGGCUGGAGAUCUCGUGGAAUUACAACUGGUCUCCAGGCCACAGAGAUCAAUUCACCUGGAGAAAAUGGCUACUUUGGGGGGUGGACUCUAUGGAAUUAUGCCAUGCCAAGGUCUUUUCCCUCCCCAAACCCCACUUUCUCCAGGUUUCACCCCCCAGAUCUCCAGGAAUUUCCCAACUUGGAGCUGGCAACCCUAUGGAGAACAGUUUUUCUAUCUGUAUUGAGAAGAGCAUGCAGUAGGCAGUGGGCACUGAAUUGCUUGAGACCUAGCUCCCUUGGGAUGUGCUUGGAGAUAUCAACAGGCAACACAAAGACAUUCAUACCAGGAGUCUACCUGCUUAUGAGUCUCUACCCCACAAUGGUUUCCCCCUUUCUGCCUAUUUUCCACCUAGAAUACAAAGUGGUAUAGAGUUGUCUUGUACCUUAUUCCAUUUCAUUUCCUGGAAGAUCUUUCAUGAAAGGGGCAUAUUUGAAAGUGUGAGAAGUUUUUACAUGGAUGUGCUGUACCCCAAAGAUGAUAUGCUUGCAUUAGCUCAAUUUAAAAUCAGAAGUCAAAACAAGGCCUCCCUUGUAUUUUUCCCCAUUGUAAAGCUUUCCUGUUUGCUUACUGCAACUGCUGUUGUCCCAGCUAUCAGGUUAGAAACCUCACUUUGGUACAUAGAACACGCUGAUUCACUAACAUCCUUGUAUCUUCAAGUUUACAAUGGUGCAAAUAUUGGAACCAACAAUUCAGUUUACUGGUUUGAAUGUAAGCUUACCUAAAUUAUUAAUGGCACAGAAUUAGGAUGUUGCAUGAAAGGUGUUCAAGAAGGUUGAAAGAUCAAUCUUCAAUAAAAUGUCAGUAUUCUAAAAACAUUAGUGAAGAAGUUUUAUUUCUGAAAGGUUUGGGAAUGUGAAUUAGUUUCACUAGCUUUAUUUUUCAGCAUAGGUACAAACACUGGAGAGAGGCUGGAGAAUAGGUAUAAAUGAUUGUGGAGCCAAUCUACAUGUGAUAUUAGAGAUUUGUAAAUUUGUAGAGAUUUGGGUCAUAAGAAGCAGUUAUGGAAAAUGGGGGCUCAGGAGAUCCAGGCCAAAGCACUGGGUUGUGGGGGAAUUAAUCCUUCCCCUUUGGUAGUUUUCUUAGUUGAAACUGGCCUUCCGAGUCUGCAAGGAAGUAUCUUGACUUCUUUCCUUACCAGGACUAAUGGCACAUGGGGGAGAGGGAUCAGUAAACUGGUGUGGUGAAAAGAUCUAAAGGUUCCCUUGCCCAAUGUGAUCUAAAGGUUCCCUUGCUCAAUCACCCCUCCCCCACCCCUGCAGUUGAGUUUAACGUUAAAAAACACAUUGGGAAAUGAAUAAGAGAUUAUGAAUGCAUCUUGCCUUACUAAGAAGCGUGAGUGUGAUUUCAAUUUGAAGAAAAAAGUUUUAAGAACAGGAUAUGUCAUUUACUGUAAGUGUGUCGAUUUGGAAGUAAUAUGAAGUUAAAGCCAGUAUGCAAGACUCUGAUAAACUCUAAUUUUGAAGUAAGCUGUAAAAUGUAAAAUCAAAAAGAGUCCAGUAGCACCUUUAAGACUAACCAACUUUAUUGUAGCAUAAGCUUUCGAGAAUUUUGCUACUACAGACUAACACGGCUAACUCCUCUGGAUCUGUAAAAAUGUAGUAAGUAUCAUAUUUUGAGAAGGUUCUUGCUAAAUCUUCUAAUUGACAUCUGGCUAUGAGAGAGGAGUCUUUUCUCUUGCAAUUUACAAUAAAUAUCUCA